AUGGAGCCUGGUACCAAAAGUAUAACUAUCAUUUUUGUAUUUUAUUUGAUCUCUUCACUCUUCUGUUCAGUAUCCGGUUAUGUGUUAUACAGUGAAGUGGAAGCAGAGGAUUUCUUAAAUUUAGCGGCAGCAGCGUAUGCGGAUUCUAGUAACAUAACCGCUCGCCAGUCAUGUAUAGAUAUUUCAUUUCCUACCGACGAAUUCCAUGUUUUAAUGGUUAUGUCAGCGCCGUGCGAUAAGCGUGGAAACCAAUGUCAAGCGUUCAUCGCAAUCUCCGAUCUCACAAAUCAAGUGAUUAUCUCAUUUCGCGGCACCAAUAGUGGUGGUCAGCUAUUAUCAGAGUUUGGCGACGGGUUAGAAGAUUAUAUUCCGUAUACGGAAGUUGACGGGUCGAAUAACACUGUUCACGUUGGACAUGUGAACGUAUACUUUUUGGAUGCGAUGAACCAAAUGUGGGAGGAUAUGGUAGAGCCGACCACGAGGAACCGACAAAACUAUACAUAUUUGAUCACUGGACACUCGCUGGGUGGAGCAAUGGCCACUCUGACGGCUUUCAGGAUUUCAUUCAGGCAAUUUUCAAAUAAGAUCAAAGUACACACAUUUGGGGAGCCACGUGUCGGAGAUAUUGUCUUUGCUAGUUAUUUUACGGAUAUGGUUCCGUAUUCCUUCCGAGUGGUCCACCACUCCGAUCCGAUCCCUCAUCUACCACCAUUGAAUGUGGAUAACGAAUCUGCUCCAGGCAUGCCGUAUCAUCAUCCGAGAGAAAUUUGGUAUAAUGACGAUUUCUCAAGCUAUGUUUUAUGUAGCGAUGUUAAUGGAGAAGACUGGAGUUGCAGUGACAAAUUACGGUUUUGGAACUAUGGGAGCAAGGGCGCCUACCGACAUACACAUUAUUUCAAUCACUUUGUCUCUGAAUACGGCUCUAUGGGCUGUAAAUUCACAUCACAAAUCAGGAACACGUUUAUUUCACUUUUCAUGUCUAUCUUUGUUUUGUUUUAUGUAUAG